AUGUCAUCAUCAGACCAACAGCAAAUCGAAAACCUAAUACAGGCCUGCGAAUCGGGUGAUUUGGAGACAGUAGAGGGAAUCAUUGAAGAGAACAAAGUAUCGAUGAUUGAUCAAGAACGUAAUAGUGGAGGUAAUGCUCUGUAUUGGGCUUGCUCAAAUGGUAAUCUUGAAGUAGCGGAACACUUGCUACGACACGGAAAUGUGGACGUGAAUUAUUUAAACACCACCAAACAAGAAAAUAGUCAAGCCGGUUGUGUUUCACAUGAAACAGCCCUACAUGUGGCAGUUGAAAUGGAUUUUCCUGAGAUGGUCUCUCUUCUAUUGGACCACCGUGCUUCAUGGUCGAUUAAAAAUCAUAAUGGAGAAACUCCUUACGCAUUGGCAAGAAAAUUGAAACAUGAAGAUUGUAAACGACUCCUUGUUAAAAAGGUCCAGGAGUAUAAAAAGAGAAAAUCCAUUCUCAAUGAUUGGAAUCAUGAAUAUGAAUCGAAUGAAAAGAAGGUCAAAGUAAUGAACCACCAUGAUGAUGACCUGUUGUUUCCUCUUAAGCAACCAUAUGAUUCUCAACAUGACCAAGAUCCAUUUGAUGAUGAAUUUGUUGAGGAGGAGGAGAUGAUUCAAGAACAGCCUUCUCGAAUCACAUCUUUCUUCAAGCACUAUGACGACUCAUUUAACCUUGAACAUGAGGACUUGUUGGAUUAUGAAGACUAUCCAGAAACUCAACAAGAAACUCAACAUUCGGAGAGAGUGAGUUCUGAUCAUGAGCAUGAUGAUGAUGAUAAAAUCUCAGCAUCUUCAUGUUCCUCUCCAAUCCAAUUACCACCUCUCCCUAAUGAAAAUGAUGAGAAUGGUCUGCCUCCCACUCAUCAGCCUCAAUACACAAAGAAACUCCAAAUAUCACCCAGUGAUGUCGAGUGGAUUGUUGAACAAAUCAAACACAAAUCGGAUUGGAUUUCCAAAUAUCCAUUAUAUUGCGAGAAAUGGAAAUCGGAAUGUUUAAGCGAUACCAUACGAAUUUCAGAGGAGAGCGUUCAAGUCGCUUUCAAAAUUCUUGAAGAUUUGAGGAAUGAUUUUUUAGGAGUGGUACCUUGCUGUGGCAAGUGCAAUACAAUUUCUGUUGUGUAUGCAGAAGAAGAUGAUUUACAAUUUUCGGACCAUAAGAAACGCAAAAAAAACGAAAAGGACAGACCUUGUUGGUGUCCAUGCCAUCAAUGCACUCGAGACUAUACCUUAUUGGACGGUUCCGGUUAUCCGAAUAUUUGUUUGAUUCAAGAUCAUCGUAUUCCAAAUGAGUUGGGUAAUGAAUUAAGGCAAGAACUUUUCAAAUUGGAGCAUAGCAUGGAGGAAUCGGAGAAGGAUUACCAUCCGGGAAGUAAUGGACAAGUGUUGGAUUUAAUUCAUCCCUCAUUGUAUUGUUUUCAUUAUUUGCAUAGCACUCUUAGAGAGGAUUCUCCUUUCCGAGAGAAUGAAGACGAUCUUCCAGAUUGUUCAUGGCUACCCACUUGGUUUCAUUUGAAUACAUCAUCAUCAUCGUCGUCGUUCUCACCCCAUACACUACAUGACCAUUUGAAUGAUAAGAAAGACUGCAACAAUAACCCAUCUCUUAAUCACAAGAACAAUUCAACAAUUGAGGAUGACAUGAAAUUUGAAAGAAAUAGUUGCACAAGCAUCACCUAUGAAUCUUACAUUAACAACAUUUGUCAAGUGAAGCAGCAAAAAUUAGCUCAACUUGUUUGUGAAAUUAUGAAAUAUUUUGUGCCCAUGUGGGAAGUAGUGCUACAGAAACAAUUACCACAUCGAUUUCAAGUCAUUGUCAAAGCGGCUAAUAUUAUUGUGAAACCUGAGAGACCCUAUUAUCCAGGAGGUACUUGGCACACAGAGGGGCUUUAUGAAAAUAUUGUGGCGACAGGAAUUUAUUACUACGAAUCUGAGAAUGUGAAAUCAAGUUUGUUAGAUUUUCGAAAAUCUCUAAGCGAUGACGACAUGGAUGAAAGAACUGAGGCCAAAGAAGGAAAUCUCAAAUUCGAAAUACUGGGCAGUGUGGAAACCAAACAAGACCGUUGUGUUGCAUUUCCCAACACCAAUCAACACCGUGUGAAGCAUUUCUUUCCAACAGAUCCUACAAAACCAGCCAUUCGAAAAAUUCUUGUGUUCUUUCUUGUCGAUCCUGAAAACCCAAUUGUUUCCACUCGAGAUGUAGACGUGCAACGGUUGGAUCAUUUAUUGAAUAGAUAUUUGAUUUUGUGUAAAAUCAUUCCGUUUCACCUUUUAAGGAAUAACAUCCUGCAAUUUUUGCCACACAUGACGCUGAAGCGAGCUCAACAGUGCAGACUAGAUUUGAUGGACCAGAGAAAGUAUCACCUACAAGAAGAAAAUGAAGAAUAUGAGCAAGUGUAUUCCAAAGAAGAGAGACUUUAUUCGCUAUGUGAGCAUUAA